AUGGAUCCUGAAAUAGACACUUCUUAUAGACAGAAAGAUUGUUGGCGCCAGCACCGACACGGUACCGAGAAACUCCCGGGCCACGUGAGCCACAGCCAUGGUCGCAUCGGUAAGCACCGCAAGCACCCAGGAGGCCGCAGGAAUGCUGGAGGCAUGCAUCACCACAGGAUCAACUUUGACAAAUAUCAUCCAGGUUACUUCAGCGAAGUUGGCAUGAGGCAUUACCACUUGAAGAGGAACCAGAGCUUCUGCCCAACUGUCAACCUGGAUAAAUUAUGGACGUUGAUCAGCGAUCAGACACAGGUCAAUGCAGCAAAAAACAAGACUGGAGCUGCUCCCAUCAUUGAUGUUGUUCGAUCAGGCUACUACAAAGUUCUGGAGAAGAGGAAGCUCCCUAAGCAACCUGUCAUCGUGAAGGACAAAUUCUUCAGCAGAAGAGCUGAAGAGAAGAUAAAGGGUGUUGGAGGUCCCACCGAGAUUUGA